AUGGAAUCUUGGCAAGAAUAUGCUAAGAAAAUUGUUGAGAUUAUCCGUUUUUAUGGGGAAAUGAAUGAGACGGAUUCUGUAUGUUUUAUUGAAAGAAAUACAUUAGAUCCAAGUAAAGAGGAUAUAUUAGAACACUUAGCAGCCAAUAAAUACGAAAGUCAUCAUUCGAAUGAACUGAAAAUACUGAAGCUAAAUGUAUAUGAUAAAAUCAUUAUAUUUGAUUGUGCCAGUCUGAAGAAAGAAUUCUUUCAACAUGCAUUCAGUCAUCUUGAAAAAACAGAAGGCAAGUUAAUGAUCAUCAUGAAACUUCAAAAUUGGAUUAGUAAAUUCAAUGAUGAACAAUAUAAUCAAUUUGUCACGGAAAGGAGAUCAUUGUUCAGAGACUUAUUAGAUGCUGGUUUCAAUAUCCAAUGGGAUGUAAUUAAUGUAGCAGUCAACAUGAAUUCUCGUAGAUGGUUUGAAAAUGUAAAACAUUGUUCAGAACACUUAAUUCAUGAUAUAAACGCCCUUAUUAAAUAUGUUCCUUUUGAGAAUGAAAAUGUUAGAGUGAAUGAGCAGUUAUUAAUAAUUAUCGCUAGUCCAAGGCUUCGAAAAAAUUGUGAAUUCAAGUCAAUAAAGCAAUCGCCAAAGUCGAAGAAUAAAUUGAGCAAUAAACGCAAUUUAUAUCAAAACACAACUAAUAUAUGGCCAUUAUGUGUGACACCACAAUUGAAGGAUAUAGUAAAUGAACAACUGUCUAAAAUUGUUUUACAUUCAAUGGAGUCAUUGAAUAAACAGUAUAAUAAAAAAACAAAUCAAGGUGCUAGGCAACAGACUACGAGAGUCAGUCUUAUUAAAAUAAUAAUAAUAAUCGGAUUCAAGAAAUACAUAACAGAAUGUAUGGAAAUAGAAUCAAUUCCGAAUCUUUUACAAAUUGCUCCUAAAAAUGUAUUACCAAAUACACAAACUGCUGUUGAACUGCUGAUGCAAGAUUGUUACACAUAUGUACGCAGUUUUGAUAUAUUAAUUGAUGACAAUGCUAAUGAACCAUACCUUAUUCUUAUUGAUCCACGCAAUGGAAAUGCUGAAGUUGAACGUUUCCGAAUCGAUCGCGUACUUUAUCCUCGCUAUCGAACAACUCCCCCAGAAGUGUGUCCAGUCAACAAUCUACUAACAUUCACUAUCAAAGCUGGUUCAAUGGAUAGAGGACGUCCAAUCCGCAACGAAAUACAUUUAUUUCAAGUUCUAACCUGUCCUGCUCAAACAAUUGUCAAUGCUAUGAUGAAAGCCGGAGCCAUUGACAAUGAUUCACAUGAUCAGGGCGUAAAUGACUCUAUGCUAAUCUCUCGAGCUCCAUCUGAACCGAAUCUAAGAAUGCCACUGCAAACACGUUCAGCUGAAAUUCCGUCAACACCAUUGAUCACCAAAGAAGACAGUGUAUACAGUGAAUCUCAAAUCAAUCGUGAAUGGAUUGACCUAGAGGUUUCACUACUGAAUCAUUGCUUUGAUGACAUAGAAAGAUUUUUACAAAUGUUGAAAAGCAAAACAAAGCGACAGUUUACCAGAUCACUGUCAGUUGCAACAUCGAGCAAAUCUAAAUCUCGAAUCUCAAGUGUUGCCCUAAAUGAGGGAUCAGGUUCUCUAACCGAUGAGCAUUUUCUAGCACAACUAAAAGAUUUCUUUGAAAAAUUCAAGUUUGCAUGCAUUUUAUUGGCAAGACUUGAAAAUUAUGUUGUAGAUCCGAAUUCUGCCGCUUUACUGAGACAACUCUUUGACAUUUUAAGAUAUACGAUUGAAUCCACACGAUCCCCUGACACAGACAAAGCAGAUGCCGCUCGGAAAACUAUUUAUCCAAGAUUACCACUUCAUGCAACUCUCUUUGUUCAAUCGAAUUUGACACAAGAAUAUAACAAGUUAUGGCUUAGUCUUGGAAAAGAAUGGAAUACACCAAGGGAGCAAUACGUUAAUGACAAGUUCGUCUAUAUACCCAGAUUUGAGAAUGGAUUUACGGUGUGGUUGACAGACAAGAAACAAGAUAUAUGCUACAAUCAGGAAGUCGUUACAAUACAAAUCAAUCUUCUAGAACACCACAUGAAGGGACACAAAAUGGUGACAAUUGAUACAAUCAGAUAUGAAUUCACUGAAAGCGCUCAAAAAUCCCUAAAGACAUCAUUUGGUUUUCCUUAA